GAGAGGUGCACGCCGUGGUCAGCCGGUAGUCAGCCAGUCACCGAGCCACUUGAUUUAAAAUUAAAAACAGAACAAAGCAGUUAAAUACAAAGUAAGGCUAAGAGGGGGAUAGAUUAACCUCCUCCGUACCUCUUUUAAAGUUGUGAGGGGAUCCUGAGAGUGUGACAGGGGGACAGAGGGGACCGGCUCUUCUCUUCUCCGUAACCAUGCUGCUUCUGGACGAAUCAGAGUCUUUUGCAGACCAGUCCCGCAGCGCCUCCUUCAGCUCGGAGAAUGAGGCUCAAGGGGGGAACGCGGCUGUGUGGCAGUGCACCCCGGCCCCAUCUACCUCACCUGCGGCAGAGACGCCGGCCCACCCCCCCUCUGCAGAGUCUGUGCCCAGACCCCACCACUCCAGGCAGGCGCGCCAAAGCCCCAGCGCUCCCUCCACCCUGGCGGGAGCCAAGAAGAGGAGCUCCAAACCCACACACAUGAGACGAAACAUCAGGAAGUUACUGAGGGAUCAUCAGUUGGAUUCAGUAACCAAAGCUGCCCAGCAGGGGGAGCUGCAGAGGAGGCAGCGCCUGGAGGAGCAAAGAAAGCAGGACUUUCCUCUGCCACUGCUGCCCGAGUACACAGAAGCGGACGUUACGCAGCACGUGCCGUCGUCGUCGGCAUCAGCGUCGUCGCAGCCAGACGUGAAGCCGGUCAGACGGGAUGUGAUCCGUUUGGACUCCAGCAGCGCCAGCAUCCGCGAGGACGACAGCAAGACUAACACGCCCUCUUCAGCUGCUACAGAGCACCCACACAAAACAGAUGUGAUAGACCUCAGCUCCGGGGAGGACGACGCCGCCCUCCACGCCAGCAGCGAGUCCACCAACGAGGAGGAGGAGAGCGAGCCGAGCAGCGCUCACGUAAACGACGCCCAGAACCAGGCGGACGCCCAGGGCCGGGUGCUGGUCAACCUCAGCCACCCGCCUGCAGAGAGCGACGUCUUCCUGUCGCCCCAGCUGGCUCGCGCCGUCAAGCCUCACCAGAUCGGUGGGAUCCGUUUCCUGUACGACAACCUGGUGGAGUCGGUGGAGCGCUUCAGCAGCAGCAGCGGGUUCGGCUGCAUCCUCGCUCACAGCAUGGGCCUGGGCAAGACGCUGCAGGUCAUCUCCUUCAUCGACGUCCUGUUCAGACACACCCAGGCCCACACCGUGCUCGCCAUCGUACCGGUGAACACGUUGCAGAACUGGCUGUCAGAGUUCAACACCUGGGUCCCGCCUGCAGAGGCGCUGCCUUCAGACAACGACCCCGCAGUGGUGACGCCUCGCAGUUUCAAGGUUCACAUCCUCAACGAUGAACACAAGAACACGGCGACGCGGGCCCGGGUGGUGGAGGCCUGGGCCCGGGACGGCGGCGUGCUGCUGAUGGGCUACGAGAUGUACCGCCUCCUGUCCAUGAAAAAAAGCUUUGUAGCGGGCCGGAAGAAGAGGAGCAAGAAAACGGCAGGAGCCGAUGUCGUCGACCUGGACGAAGAAGACAGACAGCAGGAGCUGCUUAAAGGUGUGGAGAAAGCCUUGGCGCGACCCGGUCCAGAUGUUGUGAUCUGUGACGAAGGGCAUCGCAUCAAGAACUGCCACGCCACCACGUCUCAGGCUCUGAAGAACAUCCAAACGCGUCGCCGUGUGGUCCUGACCGGCUACCCGCUCCAGAACAAUCUGAUUGAAUACUGGUGCAUGGUGGACUUCGUCCGCCCCGACUUCCUGGGUACACGGCAGGAGUUCAGCAACAUGUUUGAGCGUCCCAUUCUGAACGGACAGUGCGUUGACAGCACACCCCAGGACGUCCAGUUCAUGAGGUACAGGAGCCACGUCCUCUACAGCCUGCUGGAGGGCUUUGUGCAAAGGCGAGGCCACGACGUCCUGAGGGACCAGCUCCCCUCCAAGGAAGAGCAUGUGAUCCUGGUACGCCUGUCUCCCCUGCAGAGGGCGCUCUACACGGAGUUCAUGAACCGCUUCAGAGAGGCAGGAAACACCGGCUGGCUCAGUCUCAACCCACUCAAGGCCUUCUGCGUGUGCUGCAAGAUCUGGAACCAUCCAGAUGUGCUGUACGAGGCCUUGCAGAAGGAGAACCUGCCCAGCGAGCAGGACCUGGACCUCGAUGACAUGACUUCCAGCGCUCACGGCCGAUGUCCCACUGCACCCGGCCAGAAGCCAAAGACCUUAGACAACCCGCCCCCCAUCGGCGGGCUGAGUCUCAGCCAGCUGCAGGAGAAAGCCAACCAGGUCAUCACCUACGAAUGGGCCAAGGACAUCAUGUCCGACUACAAACCCGGCCUCCUGGAGAAUUCUGCGAAGAUGGUGCUGCUGUUCCACUUGAUAGAGGAGAGUGUCCGAAACGGAGACAAACUCCUGGUGUUUAGUCAGAGCUUGUCCACGCUGACGGUGAUUGAGGAUUUCCUGGCCAAGAGGCCGGUACCUUCGUCACCCUACACGGCCAGCCAAGACAGACCCAACCAGAACUGGGUCCGCAACCUCAACUACUACAGACUGGAUGGAAGCACCACGGCCUCAGAGAGAGAGAGACUCAUCAACCAGUUCAACGAUCCCUCCAACACCUCAGCGUGGGUCUUCCUGCUGUCAACCAGGGCUGGUUGUCUGGGCGUGAACCUGAUCGGGGCGAACCGCGUCGUGGUGUUCGACGCUUCCUGGAACCCCUGCCACGACGCCCAGGCCGUGUGCCGCGUCUACCGCUACGGACAGAGGAAGCCGUGCCACAUCUACCGGCUGGUGUGCGACUUCACGCUGGAGAAGAAGAUCUACGACCGGCAGAUCUCCAAACAGGGCAUGUCUGAUCGCGUGGUGGAUGAUCUGAACCCGGUGCUGACCUUCACCAGGAGGGAAGUGGAGUCGCUCCUUCAUUUUGUGGAGGAGGAGCCGGGCCUGUUCAACGUGCAGCUGCAGGCCGAGGACGGCAUGGAGGGCGUCCUGCAGAAGGCGCUGCGCCUCUACUCUCACCUGAUCACCAAGCAACCCUUCCCCCACGAGUCCCUGCUGAUCGACCGCAGGGAGCUGAAGCUGAGCCGCGCUGAGAAGAAAGCUGCCAGGAAGGGCUACGAGGAGGAGAAGAGGGCGUCGGUGCCGUACACCCGCCCGUCCUACGCCCACUACUACCCCGCCAGCGACCAGAGCCUCACCAACAUCCCCGCCUUCAGCCAGAGGAACUGGCGUCCUCCCCCUCGCAGUGAGGAGAAACCAGUGGCCAGCGUCCGACCGGUUCCACCGGCUCCGGUUCCCCAGACGGCUGCAGGUUCCGGCCCGGACCGCGGUUCCCCCGGAUCCAGUCUCGGUUCCUUCCCGGUCAACUGUCUGCAGAAAGCAGGCGUGUUUGUCCAGAAGAUUGUCACCACUAAUGACAUCGUGAUUCCAGGCACUAACAGCUCCUCGGACGUCCAGGCCAGGAUCGCCACGGGAGAGAGUAUUCAUGUUAUCAGAGGCACAAAAGGGACUUAUAUCAGGACGUCUGAUGGUCGAAUCUUUGCCAUUAGAGCAGCAAACAAGGCCAAGACGGUGGAGGAGAGUGUGACAGCGCCACCCACAGACUUGCAAGCCCCGUCGCAGGUGGUUUCAGCCAACGGCAGUAACGGUUGCCCGUCACCUGACGGGGGGCAGCCGGUACCCGAGGCCGGCUCCUCCCCCGUUUCCCCCGACAACCCCGGGAUGGUCGAGGAGUUGCAGCGCUACACGCGCGGCCCGACGGACGGAUCAGCGGGGAGCAGCGGGGCGGACCUGAGCCUGAGCCUGAGCCACCACGACGCCUCCGUCGCUAACGUGGACCCCGACGCCCCUCAAGACUUCCGAACCAAGCGCCGAGCCUCCUCCCCGCCGCCCGACGAGCGGGCCAGGAAGCAGCACUCGUCAGCGCCUCCCUCCUCGCACGGCUACCCCUUCGUGGGCGGCUACGGCCGCCCCCCCGCGGGUCUGGGCCCCGCCAUGUUGGGCGGCUCCCUCGGGCAUCCUCUCUACAUGGGCUCGGGCUCUAACUACUUCCAGCCCCCCCGCCCUCAGCUGGGCGACCCCAGGUACAUGUACCCGGACGUGUUCGGCUUAAACGGCGCCCCCGCUUCCUCAUCCCCGUCGUCGCUAACGACGACCGCCGCUCCCUCCGUCUCUACCGCCGGUUCUCUUCCAGGGACGCUGCCGCCGUUCAUGCUGAGCCCCAGCAUGGCGGGCAUGACGGGCCUGCUGCCCCCGGGCUACUCGUACGGCCCGUCUCUGGCCAGCCUCUACUCAGGGUCCAUGGUCCCGGGGGGGCUGCCCGGUCCGGCCGCCACCCCGGGGCCCGCCGGAGCCAGCUUCCUGUCUCAGUACCCCCCCACUGCUGCCUCCAACUCCUCCUCCUCAUCCUCACCUUCAUCCUUCUCCCCCUCAGCGCGGCCCGACGGCCACCGGGCCCCGGAUGUCGGCCGAGUCCGCAGCUCUGAUGACGAUGAAGAUGAUUUCAUCGAGGUGAGGAGGCAGUGAGGCGUUCAGCUCUUUACCGACACAAGGAGGCUCUAUUCUCCAAAAUACAGGUUUCAAAAGUUACACGGACAAAGAAAAGAAAAAAGACGGUUAGAGGUGUUAAGCAUUUCCUUUGCACUGCCUUGGAGAAACAGAUCCAACGACGAUUGAACACAGACUGGACACAGAACGAGAAAUAUCGAUGCUAAAUGUCCGAGGGUGAAACUGAGAAAGCGUGUAUAAGACUCGGAGGGAGGAAGAAAAAGAAAACCUGAAGACUCUGAGCUCUCAAGUUUGUUCGUUUGUUUGUUUUUCUUUAAUCUCUCGUCAAAUCCCGGCAUUACAACGCUCAUCACUGGACUGAGUGCUGCUGAGUGUGGGCCUGCAGUACCUACAAACGGCCACUAGUUGUACUCUAGAGAUCCUACUUCUACAGCUUUGCUUAUUGCCAAGACUUGCUUUCAUCGAAUUAAGGAAAAAAGACGAAAAAAAAAAAAACAGCCAUAGGAUGGAGUUGCUCAUUUUUAAAGAAAAAAAAAAGACAAAAA